CAGUUUUUAGCUGCACUAACCGCUCUACUGUGCUCAUUUCUGCACCGAGGGAUUAUCCGGGGCAUAAUUCGGUAAAGGGACGGGACGCAUGUUGUUUUACCUCCCUAACCGUUAACCCUAGAGUGCAUUCAGAUGCUAAGUGACCGUAUUAAUGAAGUUUACAAUGGCGGAGUGCACUCAGGAGGCUAUUGUGAGCUAUCUGAGGGAGAAAGGAGGAAAAGUGAAGAACGCGGAUUUAAUAGAACACUUUAAAGAAGUUUUCCCAGAGGAACCGGAGAAGAAGGCGGCUGUUCGACUGAGGUUUAAAAACUACGUGGACAGCGUUGCUUUCGUGAAAACAGACGAGGGAGUUAAAUAUGUAAACCUAAGGAAGAAGUUUCACGUUUCGUUACGGGAAAAUUCAAGUACAGGAGAAGUAAAAGUUCCAGAGAAAGUCUGUUACCCCGCAGAGCAGCAAACGGACGGAAGCCGGGAGGAGCUUCGCGCCCCGGGGCAACAACAAACAGCACCUGGCUCAGGUUACGGAACUGACAGCCAGGUGAGAGUUCCGCAUGCUUUCCCCGCUGAAACUAUUGUGCAGGACAAAACAGACGGCAGGAGCGAGUGUCAUGAGUUUGUUUGCUUAGUGGAAGACUUGGACAGCAGCUCAGGUGAGAUGGGGAACAGAGGAAGCUUCAAACGAGGGAAUAGAGACUCUACGAAGAAGGAGCAGGCUGGAAAGUCACCCACCAUACCAGAAAUUGCAGUAAUCGAAGCGUCGCCGCUCCCCGCUGAGGGAUCUGUGUUCACCCUGCCUGGGCCUGCACAAACCGGUAGUACAGGGCAGAUACUCACAGCUACUCCUGGACUCAAUCCCACUGACGGGCAAGUUGAGCUGCUUUCACCGGAAACUCUGAAAGACGUGGAUAAUGUGGAGACUAAAUUUGUGUCUCGACAGCCAGAGUCAGACAGCGAGGAGGAUGAGGCACAGCUGGACAGUUUGUCCGGCAGCGAAGGCAACGUCACCCCCAGAGUUAGCCGGAAACACUUCCUGGAGCUCAUGAUGAACAGCUCCCCCCAGGUGAGGCGCAGCAUGGUGUUUCGCAACUCAGUCCACCUCUCCUCGAGGAGUGACAGCGACUCUGCCUCCUUGGUGUCCUGCAACCUGGACGACGACCGGGCGUCCGUGACCCUGGAACCGGUGGAGCACGAGUGGAUGAUGUGUGCUUCGGAUGGCGAGUGGGGCAGCCUGCACCCCCUCCUCACUGGAGAGCCCAGCCUCAUCCUGAGGAAGGAUUUCGUCACCGGUUUCACCUGCCUGCACUGGGCCGCCAAACACGGCAAACCUGAGCUCAUAGCCCUGAUUGUUAACUUUGCCAAGCAACACAACGUUCCCAUCAGUGUGGAUGUUUGGUCCAACACUGGCUACACGCCGCUGCACAUAGCCGCCAUGCACAACCACAUGGAGGUGGUGAAGCUCCUGGUUGGGGCCUACAACGCAGACGUGGACAUCAGGGACUACAGCGGGAAGAAGGCCUGCCAGUACCUCACCGACAACGUGAGCGUGGACAUACAAGACAUCAUAGGAGCAUAUGAGCGCUCAGAGUCCCAGAAAGCAGAACGCAGGGAUGAAGGCCGCUGGAGGUUCUCGAAGGUUCUCCAGUCUAACCUGAAACCGCUCAGGCUGCUUCACCCAUCUGACUGUGACUCCGUGGACGGGGAGGACCGACCCAGAGAGAAACCCGUCAGGAGGAAGUCUUCACUCAGCAGGAUGAAGCCCAAACUGGAGAAGCUUCGCUGGAGGACAUCUCAGAUCGUCCAGAGCGCUUCAUUCAGCAGCAGAGACGAUUUGGAAAAGAGAAGCGCCUUUAGAUCCAGACCCAAGACACAUUUUUAUGACUAGAAACAAUGCGCUGACAGAUAAAGUUGCAGACAUGUUGCAUCUUAACAGUUUACAUUAGGGGCUCAGCAUUGGUGGGACUUUUGAUAGACAAGUGCAUUUAUAAGCCAGUAAAACAGAAAAACUUUAAUCCUUGAGAUGGUGGAGGAUGGAAACUGUAAUUGAAUUGUAAAAUUUGACUUGUCUUUAGUUAAGAUCUUCAGAACGUCCAAUAUCUGAAUAUGAAAUCAUGUGAUCAGAUAUUCAUCAUUACCUGUUAGUAUUUAGCGUUUUCUUACAGUCAGCAUAGGUCAGAAAAUAACCCACACCAGCAAUGUGUUGGUAUUUCUCUUGGUUCUGACAAUUUUGUGGAGCUAUUUCACAAUACUGGGAUUCAGCCAUUGCUGGUUUAGAUCUGCAUAUGGACUUUAAAGGCAUUAAAAAGAUGCCGUGCAGUUAGUCCCUUUAGCUCCACAUUUAAAGGCUUAUUUCAGUUUCUUCUCUUUGCUUUUUGACGGCAGUGAUAUUCCAAUGAUUAUGGCUUCAUCAUCUAGAACAAAUGCACAGUCUGUUACAGUAUUCAUCAGUGUGAAAAGAUUAGAUGCUUAAAAACAUACUGUAGAUGGAGACAUUCUAGGUCAGCUUGCUCCUUUUUAUCCGUCCACAGCUGACGUUAAAGCCUCUCGACCUCGAGUCUGUAAUCUGGAUUUCUGGCGUCACAAGGAGGUGAGGCGGUGUAGGUCAGUGGCACUGAGGGAUGAUUUAACUUGGAGGGAUGAUGGGGAAUGACUUUGUAUGACCGCAUUGAACCGAUUUAUGUCACCAGCGUUUGAGGGUGAAAUAAAAGCCACAGACCUCAUUAGUAAAUGGUUAUGCAACAGAGAGGGCAAAAUCCUAAUAACUGGAUGAUUCUCUGGUUUAGUUUACAAUUUUUAUGUCCCAAAUCACAGAAUAAGUAGUGAAAGAAAUGCUAUUUUUAAUGAAUUAGACUUAUGAAUCAAACCUGAAUCUCUUUUUAAAAUCUGCACUAUUACCAGUUUUCUCAUCCCCAGUUGAGAUUAUUUUGAUUGAGGAUAUUAUUCUUAAUUUGGAAAAAAAAUUUAACCACACCUAAAACUAAUAGUUAAUGUUGACCUCAAUAGAGGAAGUCUAUUAGCAGAUAUUAGCAUUCAUGUAACCGACUACACUGCAAAAUGUCUUCAACAGAUCUAAGCCAUGAUUUUACAAAAAGUUGAUGUUUAAAUGUUGACGAUUUUUCUGGAUUUAAAAAAAUAACUUCAAUAUUAUUGCCUCAAAAAGCCCAAUAAUAAUCACUUUGAGCUAAUAGAGAUCCUGCUUAUUUGUUUCAGUCCGACCUCGGUGUACCGAAGCCCAUUCCUGCCACAUGUUUAAAGUAGUGAAUAAAACAUUUGUAAUCAUCAAAAUAAAAAAUCACGACUAUAAUGACCCUAGCUGCAGCAUGAAUUAGUUCCUUGUUGGAAUUCCUCAGUUUUCUGUUUUAGCAAAACAACGUUUCAUUAAAUUUAAGGGCUGUCCGUCCAUGUUAAGCAGUGCAUUAAAAAAUGUCCAAACUGUCUUUCUUUACUCUAUCAGCUGUAAACAAGUUGUACUUUUCUGUAGUUAACUUUCCCCCUCUGUUGUCAUUUUUCUAUAUCUCCAUUUUUCUUUUUUUUAUUUACUAAGACUUUACAUUCACACCUUUUGCACAUUUUAACAAAAUGAUUUGCACCUUAUCCAUUAGGUUGUCGGGACAAUUACAGUAAUCUUUAUGUUGGAUGUUCUUUUUUUAUUUUUUACUCAUGAAAUAAAAUAAACAUGAUUGCACCUGUA